CGGCUGCUGCUUGAGAACCGGGUGUACUGCAGCCGGGCGUUCCGCAAGUUGCACGUGGAGGUGGGCAUUCGGCAAGACGGGCUACAGGUGCUGCAUGUGGUGGUCUACCCGCGAUACAACUACGAUCUGCCCAUCUUCGGACUUGACCUGGUCCUAGUCGACGGGCGCGUGACCUUGGCGAUAGCGGACUGCUGCCCUGUGCGCCACGGCCUCAAGCUACCGCAACAGUACAUGGAGACAAUGGUUCUCCUGCAGCGCACGUUCCUGGAGGGUCAGGACCCCGCCGCCCGCCGCAUCCCGGAUUGGGGCGCGGCCAUCUUCUCGCAGCUAGUGCUGUGCAUCACGCCCUCCACUCCGGAGGAGCUGGCAGCCUUUGCCAAGUACGCGGUGGCGCUUCACCGGGGGCACCUGAUGCUCAGCCGCAAUGCGGCACCCCUGCUGUCUCCUACAUCCGGCUGUUUAUGUGCGUUCUGUCUUUUCCGCGCCAGGUUCUGUGAUAAUCAGCUCGCAAACAAGAAGACCCGCAGGGUGCUGGAGGCCGCGUUUGGGAAGGAGUGGGCAGACGAGUACAUGAGC